GCAUUCCUUUAACCUGGAUAAACUUUGUGGAAGACGUUUGGGAGACUCUCCAUUCAUGAAAGUCAUAGUACUACGAAGCUUGACCACCUCUAUUUCUCUACAUACCGUUUUUUCUCUUUCUUCCAUAUCUUUAAGGUAUACGCCACCAAACAGAAACUAUAUUAACAGAAAUAUUAAACGUUUAAAUUAUGUACAACACCAGAAACUAAUUGAUCAAUUGAAAGACGUCGCUUCUAUUAAUAUCACUUGUGACUUUUGGAGUAAUCGAUUGAAUAAAUCAUUUUUUGUUAUGACAGGCCACUGGCUUACUACAGAUAUCGUAUUAAAAUCAAAAAUACUACAUCAUUCAUCUUUCAAUCGUCGUCACACUUCACAUUAUAUUACAAAAAUUCUUACAUCAGUGUUGAAAAAACUUAAAAUUCUUGAUAAAGUGAAUUGUAUCGUUAUUGAUGGUGCUGCCAAUAUGGUUAAGGCAGUUAGAGAUAUGCCAGUUGUAAUUCCAAGACUAUGGUGUACCGCGCACCGUUUGCAUUUAACAUUAACCAAUGGUUUGGCCUUAUGGAGCAAGAAAAAUGAUAUUGAAGAUGAACAACAACAAGAUUUAACAUUGAAUAAUGAUGAAAGUAAUACUGCUGAUAUGGAUGUUGAAAUGACUGAUACAGAAGAAGUUAGUGACGAAACAAUGGACGAUGACAGAGAAGAAGAAGAAAAAGGAAGUGAAGAAAUGGCAAAUGCUACAAAGGUUGAAGAUUGGGAGGAUAUUAAUGAUGAUGAAAUCACGGACAAUUGGGCAGAAGACGUUGGUGUUGAUGACAAUGAUCCCACGCUUGACGUGGAUCAGGAAGAUAUUUUGGCAUUGAUGAAAAAAUGUCGAAGAUUGAUUUAUUGUAUUAAAAAUUCAUCUGUUCUAACAAUGCAUUUCAAUAAACUACGUCAAUUAGCUAAUGUGCAACGUUGCCUUUCCAAUGAUGUUAGAACACGUUGGAAUAGCACAUUUAUGAUGAUCGUUUCAAUACUAAUUUUAAGACCAUUGUUAGAAAAAUUAAUGAACGAAAAAUAUAACCUUGAUUUACCACAAUCACAAAUUGAUCAAUUGACUGAACUUGAAUUAAAUUCAACUGAAUAUAAUAUUUUAAUUAAUCUACAUCAGGUGCUUCAAACAUUCUAUCAUGCAACAAGAAGUCUGAGUGGUCAAACUUAUAUUUCAAUUGGUUUGUGUUCAUUUAUUAUAUCACGUUUGAAAACAUAUUUGAAUAAGACAGAGAAUGAUAAUUCAAUUGUUAUACGUGUCAAGAAAUUGAUUUUAUUUAAAAUGAAUCAUUAUUUUGAUAAUGAUAAUGAUCAAACAGAGUUAAUUAAAACAUUUGGUUAUCUAGAUCCUGCUGGCUUUCGUGCUUUGAACGAAGAUGAUCAACGCAGUGUUGAACAAGAAUUAAAACGUACAAUUGAAAAUAGUAUAACAAUUAUUGAUACACUUACAACCACACCGUCUCCUCCUUCAGCUACAACUGCAACAAACGCCACAACAACAAUUGAUGCUACCACUGCUUCAUUAAAUACCUCUACACCCAAAAUACGUACAAAAACAGCGCAAUCAGCAAUGGAUCUAUUCUUAAAUGCCGUUGGCGAUACAGUUACACCAAAGCAAACCGACACUUCAGCAGCAACGCCACCCCUUAGUCUGACCGACGAAAUACGUCUCUAUAAAAAAUUAGCAACUAAGUACAAUUUAAGUCAUACUCCAUCUGAACAAAAUUGUAUCAAUUUUUGGAAACAAAAUUAUCAACAAUUACCACUACUCACAACUUUGGCAAGACGAUAUUUGGCCUGUCCGGCAAGCAGUGUACCGUCAGAGUCAGCAUUUUCAAUAUCAGCAUUUUUGGCUAGAAAAGAAAGAUCAAGACUGAGUGGUGAAUUAUUAUCAGCGCAAGUUUUUCUCAGAGAUAAAUUGUAUGAUUAG